AUUUAAUAUCAACGCAAGAGAAGGUUAGAACACGAGUUAUCAUAAGCGUUUUUUGGUCCAAGUCCGACUCCGGCCUCAGCGCGCAUCAUCAGCUUCACAUAUGAUAAUGUAUAUAUGUAAACAACGAUGAAUGCGGCACAUUUAGAGGAUGUUCUUCCUAUUUAUUUUUCUCGAUUAUUUCCGUUUGAAGAUUUAUAUGAAUGGUUAAAAUACGGUGAAGCAAAUACGUUUGCAUGCCGGGAAUUCGUAUUCAACUUCGAAGGAGAUAGAUAUUUAAGAUAUCAAGCAUACAGUAGCCUGAAUGAUUUAAAAAAUGAUGUUAAAAGAAAAAAGCCUUAUAAAAUAGAUAUUGGUGCUGUUUACAAUAAUCCACCAUCAAACUACAUGAGAGAAGCAGAGUUUUAUCCAGUUCAAAAAGAAUUAAUAUUUGACUUGGACUUGACAGAUUAUGAUGAAAUCAGAACUUGCUGUUCUGGUACAAAUGUUUGUUCUAAGUGCUGGAAGUUCAUGAUAAUAGCGAUCAAAAUUUUGGAUACAAGUCUUAGAGAGGAUUUUGGUUUUGAUCAUAUCUUGUGGACAUUCUCUGGUAGAAGAGGUAUACAUUGCUGGGUUUGUGACAAAAGUGCUCGCUUUUUAAAAAAAUAUGGUAGGCUUGCUGUAGCUAAUUAUCUGCAACUAGUGACAGGCGGAGAAUAUAAAAAGAAAAAAGUAGAAAUUAAUAAUGCUAUUCAUCAUUCUGUGCAAAGAGCUCUAAAAAUUAUUGAACCAUUAUUUGUUAAAAUUUGUGUAAUAGAACAAAACAUGCUGGGUACACAAGAGGGAAUAGACAAGUUUUUGGGAAUUAUCGAUGAAGCAUUACGGACAGAUGUACAGCACCUGCUUGAUAAGUACCAAACAAGUGCUUCCAGAUGGCAAGCAUUUGUGGAAUAUUUCAGAAAUCAAAUUGAAUCGAAAGUAGAUAUGUGGUCUAAGACUCCAUUUCUUAUUGAGGAAAUCAUGAUUCAAUAUGCAUAUCCAAGAUUAGACAUAAAUGUGUCUUUAGGCAUAAGUCACUUGCUGAAAUCACCUUUUAGUGUUCACCCCAGAACUGGAAAAAUUGGUAUAAUUUUAGACCCCAAAACUAUUGAACACUUUGAUCCAUGUGAAGUUCCAACUGUCACGCAACUAUUUAAAGAAAUUGAUGUUUAUGAUUCAACAUCUGUUAAACAGGACAUUGCAGUUCAGAAUAAUCAAGAAAAAAUUACAGACAUAAUGAAAACCAGUUUAAACACAUCAUUGAAAUUGUUUCGUGUAUUUUUGAGCGAUUUAAAAAAGUCGCAAUCUAUGAGUAACGACACCUGAGGCCAACUAUAUGCGUUCAAAGAUUUAUUAAUAUUUCAUUUAUCUAGGACUUGAAAGGGCACAAAGACCUGUAAUAUUUAAAUGUGAUAAAACGUACUUGUUAUCGAAACGUUAAAUUUGUUUACCAAUAAACAAAUGCAUUUGUACUCGU